AUGGGAAGGGCUCCUUGCUGUGAUAAGGCAAACGUGAAGAAAGGCCCUUGGUCUGCUGAAGAGGACUCCAAACUCAAGGGCUUCAUUGAGAAGUAUGGCACCGGUGGCAAUUGGAUUGCUCUUCCUCACAAAGCUGGGUUGAAGAGGUGUGGAAAGAGCUGCAGGCUGAGAUGGCUUAACUAUCUUAGGCCCAACAUCAAGCAUGGGGAGUUUUCUGAUGCUGAAGAUAGGACUAUUUGCACUCUCUUUGCUAGCAUUGGGAGUAGGUGGUCCAUCAUAGCUUCUCAGCUGCCAGGGAGGACAGACAAUGAUAUCAAGAACUACUGGAACACCAAACUCAAGAAGAAACUCCUUGGCAUCUCUUCUUCCCCAAAGAAAAGUUCAAUUCAUCAUCAAGAGCAGCAAAACCAGCAGCUUCUCUUCUCAUCACCAUCACCAUCUUUGUUUUCUAAUCCCUACAUUAAUAUAAAUGCUACUUCUACUACUCCCUUGCACAAACCCUUCCUUUCUGGCUUCAAUCAUCAAGCUAAUUUGGUCCCAAUCUCACCAGAAGCCUUCAGUGGUUCUUCCACUUCUUCUUCCUCCUCUCUCUUCCAAGCUUCUCAGUACCAACUGAAGGAGAGCAGGAGCUCUGCUGUUUUGGUGUUUGGUGGUGAUCAAGCUGGAAGCUGCACUCAAAUCAGCCAAAAUAUGAGCUUUGAUAAUUUUAUGCUUUAUGGCAGCACAGGGUUUCAGGACUUCAGUGGACUGCAGAGUUCUGCGCCAUUAGAGGAGUGCUCAAGCUAUGGAUUUGACGAGAUUAAGCAGAUUCUUAUGAACAGCAAUAAUGAGUUUUUCUUGGAGGAUCAAACAGUAGGAGGGUGCAAAGCCCAAUGGAGGAGUAUGGACACUUUUUGAAUUCAAAUCAAAAGGAUGCUUGGGAUUGGGAAGGGAGAGAUUAUUUGGUGAGCAUAAUUAAUGAUUUUUAAUGAUUGUUUAAUAUUUUUAUUUUGUAUAUUUUGUAUUGAUAUUAGUACAAUAACAAUACAAAA